UGCAGUAUUGCAUAUGUGUGUGUGUGUGUGUGUGUAUCUGUGUGGGCCAUAACUUGAGGCGCCAUUUAACUGCAUUGCGUGCUGGCCCUUUUAAUGGCCCGUCUUAAAUGCAUGGGAAAACGAAACGAGGCGAGGGGGUGGCGACUAAAAAACUCCUGUUGCAAAAUGCAGGCCCCUAAAAACAAGAACUCUAAAUAAAUUGCUCUAAAUAAAGGAUAUUAAUAGACCAUUUAACGUUGUUGUGCACACCUUUAAGAUUUAAACUAUGAAACAGCCAUGGAAAUCUUCGCUGAAAUGUGAAUAUGAUAAUAUAUAUAUACCACAUGAUAUUAAGCUAUGUUUUAAGAUGUUGAAUGCAUGUUUUUCUGUUUUUAAUGAAUUCCAAUAUAAACAAAUGCUUCUUGAGGCCUUGAAUGAAUGGUUAUCACAUUGAAUUCAUUGGGGUUGAUAGGCCGAAACAACAUCUGUUGUCAGCAGCCCCGCUGAUCGGAUGGUCUGUUCCAAGGAGCGAAAGACACGUCAUGCAAACCACGUUUACAUGCUUUCAAGUUACACUCUAAAAAAAAGCUCAACAGAUAGCUAAAAGUAGGUAACAUAAAAGUAGUAAGUUAUAAGUAGGCACGCAACUGAAAACCUUUUGAAAUACAGAUUAGUAGGCACGCAACUUAAAACCUUUUGAAAUACAGAUUAGACUUUAUGCGGCACAUAAAUGGUUGUUAUGCGUAAUCACGUCGAGAAUUUCUCUCAGUGCACGCAGAGAGCGGUAUCACAAGAGAGCGGCGCUGCGAUAAUGCAUAUAAAUAUAACCCGAUCAUCGGUUUUACUCAGUUGAGCGCCGGAAUUCGUGAGCAAUGGAUCGUUGGCAGAAUCGCGUGGCCGUAAUCAGUGGCGCCAGUUCCGGAAUCGGAGCUGCCUGUGCCCGGCUCUUGGUGUCCGCCGGUCUGCAGGUGGUGGGCCUGGCCCGGCGCACCGAUCGCCUGGAGCAGCUGCGUCAAUCCCUGCCGGAGGAGCAGAGGCAGCGCUUCCAUCAGCACAAAUGCGAUGUGUCGCAGGAGCGGCAGGUGGACAAUGCCUUCGAGUGGAUCGAAAAGGAGCUGGGCGGCAUCGAUGUGCUGAUCAACAAUGCCGGCAUCGUGCUGGGUGGCCAGCUGCUCGAUAUGCCCACCAAGGACAUCAGCAACAUCCUGCAGACGAAUCUCAUGGGCAGCAUUUACUGCACCAAACUGGCGGCCGGCAGCAUGAGACGCCGCCAGGUGGCCGGGCAUCUGAUCUUCGUGAACAGCACGGCCGGAGUGGCCGGGUAUAAGCCGGAUCCGGCGGAUGAUAGCCUCAAUGCCUACACGCCCAGCAAAUUUGCUUUGACUGCCGUACAGGAGAUCUGCAGACAGGAGCUGAUCACUCAAGGAUCAAGGAUCAAGACCACGAGCAUCAGUCCCGGCUGGGUGGCCACCGAUAUCGUUCCGGACGAGACGAAGGCCAAGCUGGGCGAGGUGAUCCUCCAGGCGGACGACGUGGCCCAGGCUGUACUGUACGCCCUAUCCACACCGCCGCACACUCAGGUGGAGCAGAUAACGCUGAGGGCGGUGGGCGAGUACUUCUGAUUUCUGCUUUCGGCUUGCUGAUUGCUGAUUGCUCCACAGCCCCAGAGAUUAACCAAUCGACUUGCAGUGGAACAUCAUGCAGUAAAAAUCAAAUAAAGGCGAACGACCCGACCCGACAUGGCACCCAUUUGGUUUGCCACAAAACUGUUUGCUCUCA